AUGCUACUCCGUGACUAUGGUUAUCGGAUUCGACGUUUCUGUGUCGAGUCAAUGCAUAUAGAUUUUCGAAGAAUGUCCCAACUAUUUGCGACGAGAGUCGAACAUGUUUCGAUGAGUGCUUCGGAUCUGAAGAGUGAUGAGGCCAUGAUCUUAAAUGAAAUCCCACUUCGAUCUCGUUGGAAGCCACCAAAGUACACUUUUAAUGAUAUUGCAAUUGUCCUCACCUCUGAUGAAGAAGUUGAAGAUGAUAAUAUUCUUCUUGGUGCAGGUGUAGUUCAUGGCUACUCAGUUCGGUUCCCGGCAUGGGAUCGACUACCUUCACCGGUACCACCGCAACACGACUCUGAGUCGAACUUAAAAGAUUUCCAGUUGUUUAACUGCCCGAUGAAAAUGGCAAUUCCCACGGAAGACGAAGAUGAGCGGUUCUCCCUGCCCAGUACCAUGGCGACCGAUCAAGAAUUGAAGAUACAGUCCUUGGAAGCCCAGCUUGCUUUACUGUCGAAACAAAUGCAAACACUGUUGGCUGGAAAAAUACCACCACCUGUUCCGGCUGAGCGGUCAUACGAUUCUUCACCACUUCUUUCGGACGACGAAGGCAAAGGAACAUCGUUGUGUAGUCCGUCUGACACUAUAAACUUACCAGGAGCAAAUCGGAGCAGUACGGCUCCACCCUCGGCAGCCAUUCCACCGCCACCACCUCCACCUCCUCCGUCUUUGCUUUCAGCUCACACGACUUCUGUUACUGGAGCGGGAACACCUUCAUCCAAACGUACUGUGUUGCAAAUGCUGAACAAGUCAACCAACGUGGAGCAUGGAACCCUUCCUCUUCGACCAAGUGCCUCUGAACUCCUGACAGUACAACUGAAGAAAACGGAUACAGUGAGGCAAGUUGAACGUCUUUAG